UUGGUUUCUCUAUUAAAUUUCGAUUGGGUAGCUUAAUGUUGAAAAGUACAAGGUAUCUUAUAGUCGUGCACUGGGAAUUAUUGUGACAAGUGUUGAGUGACAUGCAGGUGACAGAAGACACAAGACAGAAAACACCUUUGACAUUACGAAUUCUUGCAAGGAAUUUGAGCAGACUUUUCAUUUAAAGUCGAACUGUGAAAUAAGAAGCAUCGCAACUGAAACCAGAAUUUUUGUUUUAUUUUUCUAUAUUUGUAUUAUUUUUCAAUUUUGGAAAUCAUGGAUGAGAAUCUGCAAGUGUUUGAAGAUGGUGAGUUCGUGAUGGCGGAGUUCGAGUGCGAAACCGAUUUGGUGGAUCGCAGUGGAGAAUUGCACGAGGGUGCCACUGUGCUGGUGGCCAAUGAGUCCGAUGGCAUUGUUAACUUUGAAGAUUUGAGCAAGUUCUUUGAUAUUGGUAAUGUGAUUGAGAUUCAGGCUGAAGAUGCCGUUGAGCGCACAUUGGCGGAUCCGGCACUAAAGCAAAUACUGCAGGAAGCCGAUGGUAAAGUUGACUUCGAUCCAGAAGCAGAGCAAGAAAAAUUGCGAGAGUUUCUAGCUGUAGCAAACAAUAAGAUUGCCGGCAAGAAGCCUUUAGGAGGAUCUUCGUACACGCAACCUGUGGCUGCUCCUUCGAAUGCGAUGCAGGUGAUCAAGUGCUCCAAUUGCUGUGGACUCUUCGAUCAACCCGCUUUUCAGACACACAGCUGUGAAUUCGAUGUGAAUCAGAAGGCGAUUGUAGCUCCACAAAAGAUGGCACCACCACCGGAUAAAGUGGCGUCUGUGCCACCAAAGAAACCACCCAGUGAACGCAUCAUCGUGGAGAAUCAGGUACGCAUACGUCGCUAUAUGAAGGAAGAGCUGAAGUAUGAUCUGGAGACGGGUGUCGACAGCUCCAAGAUCAAGAAGUCAUCCACCAAGGGUCCCAACGAGUGCAACAUUUGUGAUCGCAAGUUUGUCCAUGCCUCGGGAUUAGUGCGACACAUGGAGAAGCAUGCUCUUGACCUGAUUCCCACCCAGACCAGUGUACAGCACACGUCAGUGGCUGCUUUGGGACUUCUCGUCGUGCUUAAAUGCCAUCUCUGUGGUCGCAUCUUUUAUGAUGUCAAACUUGCGCUGGAACAUGUCCUGGUACAUUAUCAGCCGAUGGUCGUGACCAAGAAAUCCUCAAUUGUUAAGGAAAAUGAGUCGGAAUUGAAGCGACAGCUGGACGUGCUCAUGGUGGAGGGAGAGCAGCUAUUGGCGGUUGCUGAGCAACUGGAAAACAUGUCACAAGACUCGGAGAAUGCAUAUUUCUCCUCAAUCAUUCUGAGCAACGUUCUCCAGUGCGAGUUCUGUGACUUUAUCUUUGCCGAUGUCUCCUUCCUGUUGGUACAUUCGGCCAGCCAUGUGCCGGAGCGACGCUUUGAGUGCACCGCUUGCGAUCUGCGCAUGACCACCGCCAAGGAAGCCAGUGUUCACUACCAGACCGACUGUGUCUACAUGCGCGAAGGAUUAAAACAGUUACAGACGUCACCCAGCCGUUACUUUGUCUGCAACGUGUGUGAGCUGAAGUUUGCCAAUGUUGAACUGCUCCAGGAGCACCGAUACAGUUGUUAUCACUACUUUCCGCGUCUCAGCGAGACUGGCAAACGUCUGCUCCUUCCCUGCGAGUUCUGUGCCAUCAACUUUGAGUAUGCCCAUGAGAUCCAGCCGCAUUAUGAGGAGAAGCAUCUGAAUAAGAAGAAACGAGAGAAGGAAAUACGUAGUGUUGGGAAUCCCACUACUGUGGGGCGACUUCGUCAAUAUCUGUGUGACAUUUGUGGCAAGUCGUACACACAGUCAAGCCAUUUGUGGCAACAUUUGCGUUUCCAUCAGGGUGUGAAGCCCUUCGUUUGUCAGGAGGAGAACUGUGGCCGAAAGUUCACUAUUCGUCCGGAUCUCAAUGAUCACAUUCGAAAGUGUCACACGGGGGAACGACCGUAUCAUUGUCUGGUGUGUGGCAAGCGUUUCCUGACCGGCUCCGUCUUCUACCAGCAUCGCCUCAUCCAUCGGGGCGAGCGGCGUUACGAGUGCGAUGAGUGUGGCAAGAGAUUCUAUCGUGCUGAUGCCUUGAAAAAUCAUCAGCGGAUUCACACUGGUGAAAAACCAUACGAUUGUCCGUUCUGCACCAAAACGUUCCGUCAGCGUGGUGAUCGUGAUAAGCAUGUCCGGGCCCGUCACUCUCACUUGGAUGCGAAUGCCCGCUUGAUGAUGCAGAUGCAGAAAUUCGAGCUGGAAACCGCAGCUGCAUUGAAGGCUAAGCAAAUGCAGGAGAACAGCGACAAUGAGUUUGUUGCUGAAACUUCCUCUGUUUCGUUAUCUCAUUUGCCACCAUCUUCCGUUAUAUCGGAACAGCAAUUUGAAAUGGUUGAGAUAGAUCCCAAUGAGUUCUGCGAAGCUCCCGAUUUUGUACAAAUGCAAAUGCCAAUUGAGAAUGCAGAUUACGAAGUCAUUAACUAUGGUGAGCUUGACGGUAUGGAACCAGUUGAGACGCCACAAUUUCCAACAGAAAGUGCUAAAGUUGUGGUCGUUGAAAAUAAUUCUGCGCAGCCGUUUUAUUUUUAAUGUUUUUAAUUUAUUGUCGACGUAAGUUAAUAAAUUGAUUUCAAAUUUAAA